GUGAGAGUGUGUGUGUGAGAGAGAGUGUGUGUGUGAGUGUGUGUGUGUGAGAGAGUGUGUGUGUGUUCGGAGGCCGGUGUGUGUGUAAGUGUAUGUGCGCGCGCGUGUAAGCGUGUGAGUGUGUGUGUGUGUGUGUGUGUGUGUGUGUGAGUGACACACUGAACGAGGGAAACGACUCGGGCUGGAAAAAAAGCGAUGGCAAAGUGAAAGCAGAACGAGUCGGUGAGCCUGCGGGGUUCAGUGAGACCGGGAGCGGAGUGAGGAACCCGUGAGGAGCUGAGAUCAACCUUCAUCCACCUCCUCCUCCUCCUCCUAUUCUUCUUCUUCUUGUUCUUCUUUUCUGCCAUGCAUCAUCACCAUCACCAUCAUCACCAUCAUCAUCAUCGGAGGAGGAUGUAGACCCCUCGGCCUGCUCUGAACACAACCAUUUGAAUGGGACUUUUUUGGUUUGGUGUAUUUUGGUGAUGAAGCUUUUACAUGGAGCCCCAAAGACACCGACAGCGCGCGCGGCUUCCCGGACGGCACGAGCGCGAAACGGACAAGAUCUAGACUUUAAUUCGUGUUUUUUUUUCGUGUUGAAUUGAGAAAAAAGAGGCGAAUUCGGGGCCUGGGGAGGAGCCUGAAUCUCUGUGUUCUCUGUUUAGAGAUAAAUCUGAAUAUUUAACGCAUCUUGUGCCUGACGGAACCGGAGCAGGAUUGUGUUCAGUGUGUGUGUGUGUGUGUGGGGUUUGAUGGAGCUGGAGAACAUCGUUGCUAACACAGUGCUCCUUAAAGCCAGAGAAGGUGGAGGAGGAAAGCGGAAAGGGAGGAGUAAGAAAUGGAGGGAGAUCCUUCGCUUCCCCCACAUCAGCCAGUGCACAGAGCUGAGCAGGACCAUCGAGAGGGAUUACUUCAGCCUGUGUGAGAAGCAGCCCAUAGGGAGACUGCUGUUUCGCCUCUACUGUGAGACCAGACCAGAGCUGCUGAGAUGCAUUCAUCUGCUGGACGCCAUGGAGGACUACGAGGUGACGCCGGACGAGAAGAGGAAGAGUCGAGGAGACCAGAUCAUCAAGAAGUUUCUCACCAAGCAGUCCCCAGAGUGUGUGGACGUAUUAGAGGGUCUUGCCGAAUGCUGCAGAGAGAACCUCGAGUUGAGUCCCUGCAAAGAGAUCUUCAGCGAUUGCCGCAAGGCUCUACAUGAGUACCUGAGUGGAGCUCCGUUCUCUGAUUACCAGAACAGCAUGUACUUCGACCGCUUUCUCCAGUGGAAAAUGCUGGAAAGGCAGCCGGUUACUAAAGACACGUUUCGACAGUACAGAGUGUUGGGAAAAGGAGGAUUUGGAGAGGUGUGUGCAUGUCAGGUGAGGGCCACGGGGAAGAUGUACGCUUGUAAGAAGCUGGAGAAGAAGAGGAUAAAGAAGAGGAAGGGCGAGUCCAUGGCGCUGAAUGAGAAACAGAUCUUGGAGAAAGUCAACAGCAGAUUUGUGGUGAGUUUAGCAUACGCAUAUGAAACCAAAGACGCUUUGUGUCUGGUGCUGACCAUCAUGAAUGGAGGAGAUCUGAAGUUCCACAUCUACAACAUGGGAACUCCAGGGUUUGAGAAGGAACGUGUGCAGUUCUACGCUGCCGAGAUCUGCUGUGGUCUGGAGCACCUGCACAGAGAGUCCAUCGUCUACAGGGAUUUAAAACCAGAGAAUAUUCUAUUAGACGAUAAUGGCCACAUCCGGAUCUCAGACCUGGGGCUGGCCAUCAAAGUGCCUGAUGGUGAGGCGAUAAGGGGUCGAGUCGGCACUGUGGGCUACAUGGCUCCGGAGGUGAUCAAUAACGAGCGAUACGGCAUGAGCCCUGAUUGGUGGGGUCUGGGUUGUCUGAUCUACGAGAUGACGGCGGGCCGCUCGCCAUUUCGCGCUCGCAAAGAACGAGUGAAGAGGGAGGAGGUGGAGAAACGAGUGCAAGAGGAAGAGGAGGAGUACAGUGACAAGUUCACAGAAGACACCAAAGCCAUCUGCAGGAUGCUUUUAGCCAAAGACCCUAAGCAGAGGCUAGGCUGUAAGUCAGAGUGUGCGUUGGAAGUCAAAGCUCAUCCCUUCUUCAAGAAUAUCAACUUUAAGAGACUGGAGGCUGGAAUUCUGGAACCUUCCUUCGUGCCUGAUCCGAGAGCGGUGUACUGUAAGGAUGUGUUGGACAUUGAGCAGUUUUCCACCGUUAAAGGAGUCAAUCUGGACCAAACCGAUAACGAUUUCUACUCCAAGUUCGCCACAGGCAGCGUCUCUAUACCGUGGCAGAAUGAGAUGAUUGAGACGGAGUGUUUUAGUGACCUUAAUGUGUUCGGGCCUCAGGGGACUCGGUCCCCGGACCUGGACUGGGCUCAACCACCCGAAGCUCCACGCCGCAGCCUGCUGGACCGCCUCUUCAGGAGGAACGUGAGGAUCUCCUCCUCCUCCUCACACACGGAAGAGCCGGCCCGAGAACACAACAGCUAACUACAGACCAGCAUCCAGAGGCGACCGUCGCUUGCAGCCGAGUCUCGUCUUCCAGCGUCAACUCCUCGUUGACUCAGUGUCAGACUCCGCCCCCUAGUGGACAGACGCCUUCAGGACUACAGGGAACCAGAGCAAGUGAUGUAUAGAUAGAUGGAGAGAAAGACUAACGGAAAAGAGGAGCAGGUUUUUUUCUCGUCCUUGAACAUGCCAACGCGUUCCCGCUGGAGGGCAGGAGACGAAGCGACUCAGCUUUGGAGACAAUAAAGACGUUUCUUUUUUUUUGUCUCGUUUUUUUUUUGUUUUGUUUUUUUUUAACAAAAAAGGAGAACUUUUAGCCCUCACCUCAUGCUCCCUCAGGAUUGCUGGACCAGAAUUGAAAAAUUAAAAAACAAACAAACACAGAAACAAAAAGAGCCACUGACAAUGACAACUCUUUAUUAUUCAGGGGAUUUUACCGAGGCCUCCACAGGGAAGUUGACGAGGGGAUGACGAGGGCUUUUACCCUUCGCUUAAGGAGGGAAAGGCUAACGGAGUGGACUGAAGAGACUCAACACACACUCGACACACACAGGCUUUCAAUGAUUCACACUCUCUUGCUCUUUCCUUCUCCUCCGUCCCUCUAUCAUUCGAUAACUCAACGUGACACAAACCUCCGAACCUCCACAUUGCCUUGCGUUUUUACACUCAGGCCAAAGAUACGACACGUACGUAAAAGUUGGGUUGCUGUCAUUUUUGUUUGAGGUUAGGCCUAAAACAGCACAACUCUGACACGCUUGUCAGGAUUUUCCACUCGUUUACAUUUGUCUAUCCAUAAAAGGGACGCUUUAUCCAAAAAAAAAAAACACAACUUUUCUCUGGAAUCCGGUCUUAUGUUCACAUGCUAGUUUACAGAAACAUUUAAAAAACAUUUAUGAGUAUGACUUAAAAUUUCAUGCUAAAUAGUCAAAUGUUAUAUUCUUUCAAAAAAGAAUAUGAACAAUCUAUCUGUUCAGCGUUAGCAGUAAAGACUGGAAAAAUACUGCUAGGUUAAUGUAUGUAAGCUAGUUAGUAAUGGGUAGUAAUAUUUCACCAAUAUAACCCAAAAAUCCUCUCAGAAGUUCUGGCUAGUUCACACUAGCUAGCUUAUUAGUGUUAUUAUAGAAGAUUCUCAGCUAGUCAUGUCAGAAAUCGUGUCAGGUUAGCUAACGUUGACCGGCUAGGAUUUGUAGUGAAGUGUAGUGAAGUGAUAGUGUGAAGUGAAUUUUUCUCUCAGAACUCUUGAGAAGUUAGCUUAUUUUAGCGAGCUAGUCCUUGUAAACAUGCGUAAAUAUGUUUUAAGAAUGAUCUCAGAAGACUUGCCAGGUCAGCUCAUCUUAGCUAGCUAGCAUUAAUAAUAACGAUAAUACCCAUUGUCAGGAUUGCAUUAAGCAUGUUCAAGAUAAUUUUUUUAGAUGAAGCGUCCCUUAAACACACACAUACACACACACACACAUCUAAAACAUGUGGCAGCUUUAUAAGUUUGAGGACGGAGCUCAACCCUCACUAUCCACUAUAAUGACGCUAGCAUUUGCUUCCUGUGUUUGAUACAAUGGAAAUUAGCCAAAUAUGAAGACAGACAAGUUGUGGUGGUCUUUUCAAACCAGCAGAUACACAGAUUGACAGCACAACAGCCAAUCAGGGAGAUUCACUUCAUCCAUCUCAUCAUAGAUAUUCACCCUUUAACAGUUCAAGGAUCAGAUUUAGAACUCUGUGCCGAUGAUUAGCGACCUGUGGCUAAUCAGUCGUCUUCAUUCUCUCUGUGCUGCCUAUUUAGCGUUAAUACUGCUAAUCCUGCAUUCACACAGCAGCCACGUGUUCGCCUCGCGUUGCCCACGUCGCUAGCUGUUGGACGCUAGUAGGCAUGAAUGACUCGACGUUACUUCUGGUUGCCAUGGUAACCUUGUUAGCACCAAGAUAAUAUCAUGGUCGCCUUCACUUAGGUCCUGUGAAGUGAAGUGUAAGCUGUGUUGCACAGUGCAGCUAAUAUUCAUAAAAUGAUUACAAUAUCUAUAGAUGCUAAUCAAAUCAGAAUUAAUGGCUGAUUUGGUAGCAAAACACGAAACAUUGUUCAGACAGUUAUUUAAGCUAGCUAAAUUCAUUAAAAAAAUGUUUCUUCAAAUAUAAUUUUUUAAACAUUUUGUACCUUGUGAUAGAUUUCAAAGAAUUAAACACACGCAACAGAACGACAGUGCCACUGUGCCUCACUCCUAUUGGCUAACGCUUUUCUUCUUAUUUGCAUCUUUCUGUUUUAUCAGAAUUGGCAGAUUCUCAAGCUAAAUAAUUCAGAGCUUAUUCUCUAAACACUGGUUCUGUUUAUAUGUAGCUGGGAAAAUCUCAAAGUUGAGUAAUCUAGCUAAUGUUCACGGUGCACUAGAAUGACUUCGGAAUUUUAACUUUGAGAUUUUCAAAGUAUUUGUCACGUCCCUUAACUCCACCCACUUCUCUUUGCCAGUUGCCUGCUGCGGUGUGAACGCAGGUGAACGAUGAAAUUCUGAAUGUGCCAAAACCUUCUGGCAAAAAAACAAGAACUUUGUUGAAUUUUUUUUUUUAUCUGUGAACAAUUACAGAAGUCACAGAGGAGGGAUGAGACGCAGAUUCAUGUUGAAGAUUUGUAAGUCGAAGGAGCCGGAUUUGUGUUAUCAUGCUGCUUCUUUGACUAUAAUGCAUCGCAUCGUAUUGCAUUAUUAUCGUAUCAGACAGAACCGUUACAUUUCGAAAUGGUGUAUCGUAUGGUACCGCGCUGAAAGCGACGCUGCACGUCCGCUCGUCUCGCCUGACUCCUUCAAGAUGCUCAGUGACUCACAUGACUGAAAACCUUCACAGACAUCUUCAUCUCCACUCCACUCAUCUCCAGAUCGUUGCCAAACGAUGCUAAUGCGUCGACCGACGCAGCUCUCCUUCCAGUCUGGGCUGUUUUUCCGAAGCCGAGACUUUUUCACCGUACUGUUUACACUCAGUAAAGCAGGUUCACCUUAAACCAGCAUACCUCAACACACCACUUCACUCAUCUACUUUCCACAGCAUCACACUUCUUCACCACUCUGUGUCAUUGACACACUCCAUGCAGUGGCUAACAGCUGCAUUCUUCUAGCUUCAGAUGUAUCGUGGUCAAUUAUCAAGGAUUUUGACUGAAUGUCAACCGGAGUGCUUUUUCACAAUAUUAUUAUUAAAGAGAAAAGAAACGACAAACAGUGUAAGGGACAGGCGUUUGUGUUACCGCUGUGUUAUUGAACUGAUCAGUGAUUAUGGCUUGUUUCAGACCAGCUCCUUUGACACAAACAUCAAGAACUUCAAAUGUAAAGUCAAAAUUUCAAAGUUUCUAAAUCGGUGCCAGGAAUGAAAGUGUGCCAUGUUUCUUAUGGAUAAACAUGUCUAGGUAUGUCAAUAUAGGCAUGUGCUGGAAAUUAAUAUUUCAAUCAGAUUUUUGUUAUCAGAUUCUCAAAAUAUCCGUCUGUGUAGCUACAGGCAGCCAGUUUAACUGUCAGUGCUAACAAUGCUAACCUAGCUAGCUGUCAGAAAGGAUUCCUGUCUUCUUAAUUACUGUGGGAAUAUUUUUGAUGGAGUCUUUGGAAAAGGCAAGUCCACUGUUUUAGUAGAAAAAGUAAAGUUAACAAAUUCUAUGCUAAUAUCGUGCUAAGUAUCCUUUGUGACCUGGAAGGUUAGCAUGGGCACAUGGCCUGCUGAGGAGUCGUGCAUUAUUAGUGCCAUAAUCCUAGAUGUUUAGAAUAAACAUUGACAGGGAAUUGUUGUGAUUUGGUUAAAACAUUUCGGGUCCAUUUUCUUUCCGAUUCUUUUUUUUUUUUUUUUUUGCACAGAUAUUCCGUUAUAAUAGCUGUACAGGGUCAGACAGCCAGUUCUUUACAGAUAAGCUAGAUAUUUCCAGUUGAAUUUGUUAUCCGUGGCAUUUAGUAGACAGGAAGGUAGUCUCUAGUCGUUCUGCAGUGUGUGAGGAGGGGAAGAUGCACGCGAGAGCCACGUGGCCCAGUGAUGCAGAGUGUGUACAGGAUUGUGUCACGUAGCUGUUAGCGGUGGUGAGAUUCUGUGUCGUGCCACAAUCAGGGUUAUGUUGUGUGAUGGUAGAAUUGUUAGUGUUUUUUUAAAAAAAAACGAUUAAGGAACCCCAUUUCUUUCCUGGAGUCUGGAGCACGGGGGGAAAUCAGAAAUGCUCGGGAGGAUUUUUCUUUGCUGUUACUGCCUCGUGUCGUCCGUGUAGACCUGUUAGCAUAUAGUGAUGGAGCUUUGUGAUUCACUGCAGUGAUUUGAUUCUUUCGAAUGACUCAUUUAAGUGACUCAAGCUUAAGCUUUAUGAUUCUUAUUUAUGAAACUUGCGUUUCUAGAAAGAGAGUUAUCUUGUAACAACAAACAGAAACGCUGACAGCUAGUAACCUGUGAUAAUAAAAGAUUAUAGCAGUAACAAUCUGCUAAGUUGUGCUGAUUGACAAUUGAUUACUCCGCUAGCUAGAAUCAUUUACAUUUACAGCAUUUAGCAGACACCCUUAUCCAGAGUGAUUUACAAUUUAUACAACUGAGCAAUUGAGGGUUAAGGGCCUUGCUCAGGGGCCCAGCAGUGGCAGCUUGGUAGACCUGGGAUUUGAACUCAUGCCCUUCUGUUCGGUAGUCCAACACCUUAACCGCUAGGCUACCACAUCCCCUAACAAGUUAAACACUGAGCUAUUACAUCCCACAAGAAGUCACCACAAGAAGUUUUUGCUAGCUAGUUAACUUGGGACAAGCUAUUUAACUCGCAAGCUAGUUAAUUUCCUGUUAGUUUGAGGUCACACGAACAUAUUGACUCGAUUUUCAUUGAGUCUGCUUCGUUUUCAAUACUAAAAUUCUACCUAAACAGUUAAUAAAUGGAUAACUGAGGCAGCAAAUUGUUAGCUAGCUAAAUUCUGUUGACAUGGACACGAACGCAGGAGCUCGCUGCUGUGGCCAACAUAACUAACUCUGAGCUAAACUAGGAUAAAGUUCCACAUUGUACUCUGUCUGUAUUAGAUAUGUCCAGGUUUCUGUUAUUUUACAGACAGUCAACACAGUGUUAGCUAAAUUUGAUUAGCCAACAGAAAUCUUGACAUUAAACAAUCGUGACAUCACCACAAUAGUUUGUUUAACAUUAACCAUUCUGAUUCAAUCGAAACUGAUUCCCAUGAUUCACUUAAACAAGUCGUUUGAAGAGAGCAAAUCCUUUUUUUUGUGAACGGUCCGUUAGCGUUAGCUGGAAGGAAGCCAUUAGCAUUAGUAGCUGCACUAGUGUAAGUGAUUGGUUAAGGCUGAUUAUGCUGUGGUGUUUUAGGUGUUGCAGUUUUUUUCAUAGAUUGUUUCCAUCCUGAGAAUGAUGGCGUUCUGAUGAGUUAUUAACCAUUCGUAACCAUUUCAUAGCGAGGGCCUGAUGAGGACAUAACGAUGUUGAGUUUAUUUGCUAAUAUGUCAUUCCCCUGUGUCUUAUUUGGAGCAUGAAUUUCUAUUUCAAUGCAUUAGCAUUACACAUGUACACUUGAUGUAUUAUAAUAUUAAUAAUGUAUGCUUUCCAUAUGCGAUAUGACAAAUGAUUUGUUGUGUGACUGGGCAUGUGCCGAUAAUCGUGAUCAGUUCGGGUGAGAGCUGCCUGUGUAGAUGUGCGUCAUCUCAUGCUAGUAAACAUGGCUACACUGUAUAAAGAACUAGUUCACACUUGGUAUUAAUUACCCAGUAAAGUAGUCUAGCUCACAUUAGCUAGCGUGAUAGUGAACCUGGCUAGCUAUGUGGCUAAAGACGAACAUAAAUGUGUAUAAUUUAGAAGGUAGCCUUGCGUUUGCAGUGGUACACAAAAUGUACUUAUAAACAUGGAGCCUAAAUUUGGUAUAAAUAUUAAGUAGUUUUACUGACAAUGACACACUGAUUAUCAGCACAUGCCUAGCAGUGACUAAGAUAAUAUGCUGCAUUAAAGGGACAUUGCCUUCUUUUUAAACAGUGACCAAACUAUUAAAAAAAAAAAAAAGGAAACAGAAGUGGAAUUUUUUCCCGUCGUCCCUCAACAUGACGAAAAGAUUAUUAUCAAUUUUUUUUUUCAUUUCAACUGCAGGAGACGACGGGAUUCACAGUUCUCGUUUUUCAUUUCAAAAGUCAAAUCCAAACGAAGUGCCUCCUUUUUAGCCGUGCAGUCUGGGUAGUGCCCACAUCAAGGUUUGCACUUUGUGUGUCACUUCUGUCCGUUGUCUGUGUGCGUGACACACACACACACUCACACACAAUCACACUCACACAUACACACACCCUCUCACACACACACUUACACACACACACAAACACACACACACACUUACACACACACACACACACACACGUGAUUUGAAGAAAGAGGUGUUGUACUACGCUGAUUGCAUGUGAAGCCGAACCUGUCAAAGUCCUUCUGAAUAAAACCUGUGCUGGCCUGAA